CGGCCAAACUGCUUAGGAAGUGGUUUCCUCAGCACCAGGAGACCGCUCAGUCUCAAACCGAUCCACAGCGCACUCUGCAUGCACAUUUGAACAUUCACUUGACUCGGCUCAGGAACCGAUGGUGGUUCGUAUUGAAGACAUGAAGCCGAUGCUCAUGAACGUCAACGGCGAAAAUAUCCCAUUACCUAACCGAUUCACCUUUGACAUCCGCCCAAGAUGCUUCAAGAGCGACUACUCCGAUGACUCAUCUAGUUCCUCUACUUUUGGAGAACUCAAACGCGUCAUAGAUCCCAGAAUCCUCAGCGGCAAAAUUUCCUCCGACUGGUUGAGUAUCAGCCACGAGCUCCCGGACGAUAUCCAGGCCUUGCUAAACACCAUUCGGCAACUCCCUACCUCAGAUGGCCCUUCUCGUGAACCCGAGGAUGGCCAUCAGGAUGCGUCCCCGACUAGCAAUAGACCCCAGGAUUCCAAACACAGUACGGGCGCGCCUGAAAGUUCGGAAACAAAACCUCAAGAUGACGAGGAGGAACGCUUCCGCAACAUGAUCAACCGCCUUCAAAAGCGCCUGCCAACUCCGUCCUUGGUGAAGCCCAGGGUACCAACCAUCAAGCUACAACCUGCAGAUCCGGCCAUCUUGUCUGCCAAACUGAAGGAUGGCGCAGUGUUCGAAAAUGCCCAGCUGAACCGAGUCACCGAGCUGCAUCCUGAAAGGAAGGGCGGAUCCAGCGACUCUGGAUACUUCAGCGGUAGCAACCCAUCGUCCACCAUCCAUUACUCAACGCCGGAGUGCUCUAGGGAUUCCCAAGACGAACCUGCUGCGGACACCAAAACAAGUUUGGAGACCCAAAGCGCAACAAAGAAACUGAACCCUGCAGCAGCCGAGUUUAAAGUUUCGACUGACAGUGUACAUUUGCCAGUACCCACUCCCAAGAAACUUUCUCGUGGCCCACUCACAUCGCUUCUUUUUAGCCCAACUCCUGAUGAGGCUGUGGCCGGAUCUCUCCCUUCAGUAGAUAGGCUACAAACUGCUCAGACGAAGCAGGACACAGGUACUGCAGUUGAUAUGAUGCAGAGACAACAGCCAAGUCCGGUCAAGUCUGGUGCGAAGGCCAAACAACGAAAAGCACCUCAGGUUCCGCCGACCCAGCAAGCUUGCCCUCCUCCCAUCCAGCAUCCUUCCAAUCCCGUUCUGUCCAGUGUCAAUCCCAUGGCUGGUACUCAUCCCAGCUUGAACUUGCAACCACAGAAACCCACUGCUGCUCUGCCAUUCUUCCCUGCCCCAUGGCUCGGAGGACUAGGUAUGGGCAACUUUGGGACGUUCCCACCAUCUACCGCCCCAUCGAUGGCAGUUCCGCCGUUCAACAUGCCAUCUCCGGAUAUGGCAGGAACUUUGGGGACUGGAACUUUCCUGCCUUCAAUGCGGCCGCCUAUUCCACCCUUUGCGCCGGCUCCUAUUGGCGGCUUGGGAUCGAUGUACCCUCAGGCUGCAGUGCCACCAAUGCCGCCAGUACAGCCGACAAUUCCACUGACAGGCGCAGGUCAACCAGCUCAGCCAGGACCUAAGGCUGACCGUCCUUAUUUCCCGGUUACGACAAAGCCUCGGGUCCCGGAUCCGAUCAAGCAACAACAGUACGAGGAGUAUUUGGAAUGGCGCAAGGCCAAUGAGCCCGGGUACCAUAUCAAGUGCAAGAUCCGGCAGGCGAAUCGCGUGGUGCGUCAGCAUCAACACCAAACCGAGGCUCCCAGGCUCGAGGAACCGGGCAUCACGCUUGCAUGGAAAGCGAUUGCUGAAAAGGCCAAGGCUGUGGUGGGAGCGGUUGAAGCUCGACGUGCAGCGGAGAAGAAGUCGAAGCAGAACUCUGUGAUUGAAGAGUUCAAAGCCAAGGUUAUUGAGAGGGUCAUGACAGACUGUGUGAAGAAGGACGACAAGGAGGACUGUGAAAAGAAGAUAGAAGACAAGCAGGCUGCUGAGAAGAUCACCGAAAAGGCGACUGAGGACAGGGUAAUGGCUGAGAAGACAGCUGAGAAGACAGCUGAGAAGACGGAAGGGGUCAAGAAGGAGUGAAGGCGUGAUCCCCAAGAAGAGGAAACAGUGGUAUCGGGAGCAACUGGGGAUAAACAAGAACUAUUGCAAUUCUUAUUUCCUCGCAUAUGUAUACCACGGAGAAGACGAGUUUGAGAGAUCUUUUCUCUCAUGUUGACAUUCUUUACUGG